AUGUCCUCGACGGUCGAUCCAGACUACGAUAGGUCCAUCUGUGCUACUUGCGCUGCACAGUAUACUGCUUCCUCGUUACGUCCGUAUCGGAUAGGCGAAGAAGGGACCGGGGAUGGCUGCCCUAUCUGCCUGGAUGAACGUCAGUAUGUUGCACCUACCGGGCAAGCAUGGACGAGCUGGAGAGAAUUGGAUGGGAAACACGCAACUCGUCUGGAGCCAGAUGGAAGAGACCCCCGAAUCGUCAGAAUACUCACCGAGCCCAAAGCCGGUGCAAUCGGUCAGACGCCGUUCAUCAUACCGUCAUUGGAUGGGUCCUUGAUUUGGGAUUGCAGCCCCUACCUCUCUCCUUCCGGAGUCGAAUCUAUCCUAUCACUCACCUCGUCAUCGAAGCCCCUCUUAGGUAUGGCCAUUUCGCACCCCCACUUUUUCUGCAGUUCUGUCACUUGGGCUCGAAAAUUGGGAUGCAAAGUAUACAUAUGCGCAACGGAUAAGGAGUGGUUUAUGCGUAAGGAUUCAUUUGUUGAUGAAUAUUAUCGAAAGAAUGUAGGUAUACCCCUCACCGUCGAGUGCAUUUUCUCCCCAGGUCAUUUUCCUGGUUCAUGCGUUCUGCAUUGGGACCGCUCAAUGGAACAAUCUGAAUCCAGCCUCCCGCAAACAGGUGUGAUCUUCUGCUCGGAUACCUGCAAAAUCGCAGUAGACCGACGCAGAAUGACCUUUAUGUGGUCUUAUCCCAACUACAUCCCCCUCCCGCCAAAAGAUGUCCAGAAGAUAUGGCAAUCACUGCGGCCUUUCCAGUUCGGCGACAUCUACAGCGCGUGGCCAGGGGAGAUCGCCUUCGGUAAUGGCAAGGAGAAAGUGCUCAACAGCGCCAGGAGGUUCAUCGAAAUGGAAGGCUGGGGUAAGAAUGAAUACGCCCUCGAAGAAUGA